CGCUCGCGGCCGCUCCGCCCGCUCUCGCGCUUAGGCCCAGGCUGGAGGACCAUCGGCGCUCGCCUCAUCCCGUCUGGAGGACCGGCCCGGAGAACCAUCGGCGCUCGCCUCACCCCGUCUGGAGGACCGGCCCGGAGGACCAUCGCCGCUCACCUCAACCUAAAGAGCGGAACUUUGGCCGUGACCCUCCACCUCCAUGGGUUGACGUCUUUGUCCCCGCCCUGGGGUGACGUUUGUGACCCCCCUCCACCCCGGACGCUGACGUCAGUGAGACGGCGGCGCCGCCAUGACGGGGGGAGGAGUCUCCGAUAUCAUUGUCUACACCCUGAUUACGUUCAUCGAAGCCUUGGAAAUCGAGGAAAGGAUUUUGCUCUAAGAAUACUUCUGGUUCAAGUGGAUACGAAACACCCUCACGACGUCCUCAACGAUUUGGCUCGAAUUUGUAUCCUAGCAGAUUGCACAUUGAUUCUAGUUUGGAGCGUUGAAGAAACAGCGCGGUACCUGGAAACCUACAAGAUGUACGAGAAUAAGCCAGCUGAUAUAUUGAAGGAGAAAGUGGAACAGGAUUACAUAUCAAAGGUAAUUAAUAGUUUCGGUUAAUUAUUGUCACGUGUACAGAGUUACA